UGGGUCUGACGGGGUCAAAUCAUAAUGGGAGGAGGAGGAAGAGCUUCAUCUCCAAUCAACGAGUAACGACUCCUCUAAUUUGGUAGCGUCCCCGUUACGACGCCGUUCUUCCUUUGAUUUUUCAUUCUCUCUCUCUCUACGUUUUCUCUGUCAAAAAUCUUCAACCUUUAGCCUCUCUGAUCGCAUCCAAAACUCCAAAAGGUCUCCGUUGUUACCGUUUCAGAUUCCCGUGGGACUUGCAAUAAAACAAAAAAGAAAUCGACUUUGUGUUUCAGACAAUUCGAUGGGAAGCUGUGUCUCUAAGUGCAAAGAAGACGAUGAUUCAAUCCACAACGUUGAUUUUUCCGGUGGCAACGUUCAUCUGAUCACAACAAAAGAGAGCUGGGACGAGAAACUAGCUGAAGCUGGUCGUGAUGGCAAAAUUGUGAUUGCAAACUUCAGCGCGACUUGGUGUGGUCCUUGUAAGGUCGUGGCACCGUUUUACAUCGAGCUCUCUGAGAAACAUCCUUCUAUUAUGUUCCUUGUUGUUGAUGUUGAUGAACUCAGCGAUUUUAGCUCAUCAUGGGACAUAAAGGCAACACCAACAUUCUUUUUUCUAAAGAAUGGUCAGCAAAUAGGCAAGCUUGUCGGGGCUAACAAGCCUGAGCUACAGAAGAAGGUUACUUCCAUCCUUGACUCUGUACCUGAAAAUCCACAACGGCCUUGACGACGCACCCUUCUUCGCGGUGGAAAAGUGUUUGAAAGAGUCUUUUGUGUUCUCAUCAAUGGAUGUAAAAUAUGUGAAAGAUGUCAUGAAUCUUAUCCCCCAAUAUUAUAUUUUGGAAACGUCUCUAUCUAAAGGUCAAUGUUUUUUGCUCUGGUUCAA